UCUCUCUCUCAUUUCAGAACAGGAUUUCUAGGACCAAAAGGCAAACGAAUUGUUCUUUUCCUCCGAGGAUUGCUUGGCUCUAGUGCAAUGAUCCUUGUUUAUUACGCUUUUCAAGUGAUGCCUCUUGCAGAUGCCACCAUCAUUACAUUCAGCAGUCCUGUUUUUACAUCCCUGUUUGCCUGGAUAUUUCUCAAAGAGAACUAUAGUCUCUGGGACCUUCUUUUCACCCUGAUUACAAUCACUGGAGUAGUGCUUAUAGCAAGGCCGCCUUUUUUAUUUGGAUCCAGUCUUUCUGAAAUGGAAGGAAGCUACUCAGAUCACCUUAAAGGAACAAUAGCAGCCACUGCAAGUGCAGUUGCUGCUGCUUCAACUUUUGUGAUCCUAAGGAAAAUGGGAAAAUCCGUGCAUUACUUUUUGUCCAUUUGGUAUUAUGCAAUAAUUGGGUUAAUUGUGUGCAUAGUAGCACUUUUUAUCAUGGAUGCAUGGAGUUUGCCCAAUUGUGGAAUAGACAGAUUUCUCCUAAUAUUAAUUGGAUUGUUGGGGCUUGGUGGCCAGAUAUUCCUUACUAAAGCAUUACAGAUAGAGAAAGCUGGUCCUGUCGCUAUAAUGAAAACCAUGGAUGUGGUGUUUGCUUUUAUUUUUCAAAUUCUUUUUCUUGAUCAUAUACCAACAUGGUGGACAGUGGGAGGUGCCCUUUGUGUGGUAGCCAGUAGUUCUGGAAUAGUUACCCGGAAGUGGUAUCAAAACUCCAAAAGAAACACAGAACAGAAAAUUUAACCAGCCGGGUACUGUGUCAGUGUAAAACAGAACAAAGCAUUCAUAUACUUAUUCUAAAUAAUUCAUUGAUUGGCCAGUUCUCUUGACUACCGGUGUUCACUAUCUAAGUAGGAAUGCUCCUCAUCACCAGCUGGUUUCAUAUGUAGGGAGGAAUCCAAACAAGAAGGAAGGUUGUCUUGUCUGCCAAAUUUAGGAUUGCCUUGCUCAGCAGCCUUUGUGCCUUGCAGUGCAGCAUGGUUCUGAACCUGCCAAGAGCUUCAUGAUCAGUUAUGGGUAUUUGUUCUUUAGGUAAACAAAUGCUUACAAGAACAAAAUGCCAUAAGGCCUGCCUAAGUGUUUAGGUACUCCCAAAAUAGGUUUUGCCACCUAACUGUAAUUUCUUAUGUAAUGCACCCCUGUUAUGUGUUUUUAUAAAGCUGAUACCUCAGUGCCUAUUUAUACAUCAUAAAAACUAUGAAAAAGGGAA